UGCAGCGCAUAACGCCUGGCUAAAUCGGACGUCUAAGGAAGGAAGGUUUGUUUCGGUCUAAAUGAUUCUUGCGGAACAAAGAUGUAUUAGCAAUCGGUAAGAUACGCUGCACUGGAAGCAAGAUAAUAAAGACUUUGCUGAAAGAUAAGGCUUGUCGGUUUCUAACAAUGGCCAACAAAGUAGAAAUAGACGACUCCCUGUAUAGUCGUCAGCGCUACAUGCUUGGUGACCAAGCAAUGCAGAAAAUGGCCCACGCCAGUGUGUUCCUGAGUGGGAUGGGUGGACUAGGGGUAGAGAUAGCAAAGAAUCUGACCCUUGCUGGAAUAAAGUCAAUCACGUUGCAUGACACAAGAGCUGCAUCAAUGGCAGAUUUAGGCAGCCAGUUCUUUUUGAGAGAAGAUGAUGUCAAAUCAUCUAGAAACAGGGCAGUAGCCAGUGCUGGUCGCGUAGCUGAGUUAAACCCAUAUGUGUCUGUGCAUACUCAAACUGACGCUCUCGAUGAAAAUAAUUUAGAUGUUUUAAAAAAUUACCAGUGUGUGAUCCUGACAGAUGCCCCAUUGAGUGUACAACUUAAAGUUAAUUCUUAUUGUAGAAGUCAAAAGCCACAAAAACAGUUUAUCAGUACUAGUUUGUAUGGCAUAUUUGGAUGUCUUUUCUGUGACUUUGGAAAUGAGUUUGAAGUGCUGGAUACUACUGGAGAGGAACCAAAAGAAUUCUUCAUUGGAAAGAUAACCAAGGAUAACCCUGGUGUUGUGACCACCCUUGACAACACGUUGCAUGGUCUAGAGACUGGUGACACAAUAACCUGUAAAGAAAUUGUCGGCAUGGAAAAGCUAAACAAUACACAGUGCACUGUCAGUAGAGUUCUGUCGCCAUAUGCUUUCACUAUUAGUGACACAACUGGAGAUGAGUAUGGACCAUACAAGCAUGGAGGCAUCGCACGCCAGGUCAAGCCAUCCUCGACUAUCCUCAAAUUUGAAUCACUAGAAAGGCAACUAGAAAAACCUGAUAUUUUGACAGCAGACUUAUGCAAAAUGGAGCUCCCUGUUCAGCUGCAUCUUGGCUUCCGCUCGCUUAUGGCAUUCCAGCAGAAGAAUGGUCACCUGCCUAACGUCAGAAAUGAGCAAGACGCCGCGGAGGUACUGCGCAUAGCAACUGAGCUGAAUUCACAGACAGAAAACAAGGUUGACGUCAUCAGUAGUGACGUCAUACGCAAGAUGUCGUUUGUUGGUCGUGGGUACUUCGCUCCUCUGUCUGCUGCAAUGGGUGGGAUCGCUGCCCAGGAGGUACUAAAGGCUCUGACAGGGAAAUACAUGCCAAUAAGGCAAUGGCUUUAUCUUGAUUGUAUUGAGCUGUUACCAUACCAAGAGAAUGUCAGCCCUACAUCAUUCUCGCCAAGAUGUGAUCGUUAUGACGCACUGCGUGUUUGUAUCGGGGAUGAACUUGUCAGAAGGAUCGCUGACCUCAAGCUGUUUAUGGUUGGCUGUGGUGCAAUAGGAUGUGAAUUCUUAAAGAAUUUCGCGUUACUUGGGAUAGCAUCAGGAAACAACGGUCUGAUUUCAAUUACAGAUAAUGACCUCAUAGAAAAGUCCAACCUUAAUCGGCAGUUCCUCUUCCGUCCUCACCACAUACAGAAAGCCAAGUCCACGACUUCAGCAACGUCUACAAAGGAAAUUAAUCCUAGUUUACAUAUUGAAGCUCAUCAACAAAAAGUUUGUCCCGAUACCGAGCAAGACACGUUCAAUGAUGCAUUCUUCGAGUCCCAGGAAGUUGUUGUGAAUGCUCUGGAUAACGUAGAAGCUAGACGAUACGUGGACAGUCGAUGCGUCAGCAAUCAAAGAGCCCUCCUAGAGACUGGCACAAUGGGUGCAAAGGGGCAUGUGCAGGUUAUCGUUCCUCACCUGACAGAGUCCUACACCAGCCAGCGUGAUCCAGUCGAUCAAGAGGUUCCUUACUGCACUCUUAAGUCCUUCCCGGCAAUUAUUGAGCACUGCAUACAAUGGGCAAGAGAUAAGUUUGAAAGCUCAUUCACGCAAAAAGCAGGGCUCUUCAAGAAGUUCUGGGGUACUCAUCAAUCACCUCAAGAGCUGCUACAGAAAUUGGAGACUGGUACCGAGGUGGAUGGACUGGGUCAAGUUCUAGGAAUGAUGAGAAGGCGGCCGGUUACGUGGGGUGAAUGUGUAGCACUGGCGCGCGUCAAGUUUGAGAAGUACUUCAACCACAAGGCAAAGCAACUGAUUCACGCUUUCCCAGUGGACACAAGACUAAAAGACGGAAGUCUGUUCUGGCAGAGUCCAAAGCGACCACCUACGCCUCAAGUUUUCAAUCCGGAUAAUGAUAUCGACCUGCUGUUUGUCUCGACGGCGGCGAGGCUGUACGCUGAUGUUUAUGGAAUAACCGUCACAGAACAGGAUAUGUCACAACAGGCCAUUCUACCGUUAGUGCAAACCGCUAAAGUUCCAGAAUUUGUGCCAUCAAACAAGACAAUCGAGACCGAUGAAACCGCUAACCGGAAAGAAAAGAAUUUGAAGACGAGUCACGGUGAAGACGACCUCCAAGCAUGCCGGGAAGAUUUAACAAGAAUAAUCGCAGAUGAGCCCACAGUUUCUCUUGGUAUUUACCCGUUGGAGUUUGAAAAGGACGACGACAGAAAUGGACACAUCGACUUCAUCACCGCCGCUGCCAACCUGCGUGCUCGUAUGUACAGCAUUGAGACCGCUGACCGACUUAAAGUAAAGCGCAUCGCCGGGAAAAUCAUCCCCGCUAUCGCAACCACUACGGCGGCAGUAGCCGGACUGGCUACUGUAGAGCUCGUCAAGAUAGUGAUGGGGAGGCCUCGGGCCGACUACAGGAAUGGGUUCAUGAAUCUGGCACUACCCUACGUAAUCUUCUCCGAGCCUGGGCCCGCGGCGACCACAGUUAUCAGGCCCGGUUUAACUUUCACAAUUUGGGAUCGAUGGAUCGUCAAGGGAAACAAAAACUUCAAACUUAAGGAUUUUAAUCAAUGUAUUAAGGACCAGUAUGGCCUGCAAGUGACCAUGGUUGUUCAGGGUGUUAAGAUGAUCUAUGUUCCGGUAGUGCCUGGGCAUGCCAAACGCCUGGACCACAAGAUGACCAAGUUACAAAAUAUUAUCUCACCUCAAACUUUUCCAGUCCCUUUUCAUCUCUUAUCCACAGGAUGACCAAGUUACAAAAUAUUAUUUCACCUCGAACUUUUCCAGUCUCUUUUCAUCUCUUAUCCACAGGAUGACAAAGUUACAAAAUAUUAUCUCACCUCGACCUUUCCCAGUCCCUUUUCAUCUCUUGUCCACAGGAUGACCAAGUUACAAAAUAUUAUCUCACCUCGACCUUUCCUAGUCCCUUUUCAUCUUUUAUCCACAGGAUGACCAAAUUACAAAAUAUUAUCUCGCCUCAAACUUUUCCAGUCCCUUUUCAUCUCUUAUCCACAGGAUGACCAAAAUACAAAAUAUUAUCUCACCUCAAACGUUUCCAGUCCCUUUUCAUCUCUUAUCCACAGGAUGACCAAGUUACAAAAUAUUAUCUCAUCUCGACAUUUCCCAGUCCCUUUUCAUCUCUAAUCCACAGGAUGACCAAGUUACAAAA